GGUGGGGUUUUAUUUACCUUAUGUUCCUUUGGGUUCAAUGCAAUUUGAAGCUGUCAAUUGAACAAUUAGUUGAAGGAUCAAUAACUUCAUCAUGCCAGACAAGGACGCAGGUACUCCGAGAGUCUUUCUCAUUAGACAUGGCGAAACAGAAUGGACCAUCUCAGGCCGCUACACAGGCCGAAGUGACAUUCCCCUAACUCCCCAUGGAGAAACCCAAGUUUCCUCCUCCGCCCGCGUCCUAGUCGGUCCCUCCAAAAUCAUCAAUCCUUCAAAGCUCGCGCACAUAUUCAUCUCCCCUCGAACCCGUGCUCGCCGCACAUUCGAAAUCCUCUUUGACGAAAAAACACAGCAACAACUUGCAGAUAAAACAGAAAUCACAGAAGAUAUUAGGGAAUGGGAAUAUGGAGCUUAUGAAGGAUUACUUACUGCGCAAAUCAGAGCUGCGCGGAAGGAACGGGGUCUAGAUGCAGAGAAACCGUGGAAUAUUUGGACGGAUGGAUGUGAGGAUGGGGAGAGCGCGGAUGAGGUGAAGGAGAGAUUGGAUGGGGUUAUUGCGAAGAUUAGAGAGAUGCAAGGUCCGUAUAUGCAUGGAGAGAAGGGGGUGGAUGUUGUGUUGAUUGCUCAUGGACAUAUUUUGAGAGCGUUUGCGAAGAGAUGGAUUGGGUUUGAGUUGGGAAGAGCGUUGCCCAUGAUGCUUGAGCCGGGCGCUGUAGGUGUGUUGAGUUACGAACACCAUAAGGUUGAUGAACCGGCAUUUUUGCUGGGUGUGAAUAUGGGUGCGAGCGAAGAGUAGAAAUUCAGUUCAUGGGAACGAUUCUAGACUGCAUAUAAAGUAGACAUAGAUAUUAGAGCA